CUCCGGAAGGCGGAGAGCGCGGGUGAUUCGGAGUUUGGGAGGCGAGGAGGGCGGAGUUCAGGCACCGGCGGGGAAAUCAUGUCUGUCCCGGCGGCUGAGUCUCCGUGGCCUCAGCCUCUCCAGGCGCUGAAAGAAGUGGAUAACUUGUUGCGUUGUGGAAUAUGCUUUGACUACUUCAAUAUUGCAAUGAUCAUUCCUCAGUGUUCACAUAAUUAUUGUUCUCUCUGCAUUCGCAAGUCCCUGUCCUACAAAACUCAGUGCCCUACAUGUUGUGUGGCAGCUACAGAACCUGACCUGAAAAAUAACCGGAUAUUAGAUGAACUGGUAAAAACCUUUGAUUAUGCAAGACAGCGGCUGUUCCAGGCAGUCUUAGAUCCUGCAGCACUUUCUUCUCCAAAGCUGCUUACCAAGAAGGCUUCUGACCAAGUCCAUCUUUUGAGUUCCUUGGGUGGUCUUGUUUUAAAACAUGAACAGCAAUCUGCUGAUACCUUUAUAUUCAAAGAGACCAUUCCAGCCCGUAGAAAGCACUUAAACCCAUCUGAAAAGGAAAGUAAACAGAUCAAAAUGGAGCAGGAGGCGAUCCCAUGUGGCUCUCAAGAGGACCAAGAGACUCUUCACACAGAAGCAGCAGGCACCAGAAACCCUGAAACUCCUUCCACAUCUGCAAUAAAAGUUAUCCCAAAAGUGGAGUGCCCUGUCUGCGGGGUUCCUGUUCAAGAACUUCAUAUAAAUAAACACCUUGAUGGCUGCUUGAGAAGAGAUGAGAAGAAAGACAGUCUCCGAAGCUCUGGACAAAAAAGAAAACUACUGUCUAAAGUGGUGUACAGUUUACUGUCUGAUCGCGAUCUGAGAAGAAGGCUGAAAGAACUUGGACUGUCCACUCAGGGAACGAAACAACAGCUUAUUAAAAGGCACCAGGAGUUUGUGCACAUGUAUAAUUCAGAGUGUGAUUCUUUAAAUCCCAAAUCAGUUGCUGAAAUUGUAGGAGAGCUGGAAAAAAAUGAGAAGACUCGAACACAACUGGAAUCCAGUAAACCUAGAAGAGGCAGUAUGACAUUUACCAAAAAACAGACAGAGAAAGAAAUAGAUGAAAUUCACAGAGAUUAUCGAAAAAAACAUAAGGCUGAAUUUCAGGCUUUAAUUGACCAAGUGAACAAGAGAAAGAAAAAUGCAAGUAAAAUAAAGGAAGAAGGACCAGAGCAGGAAGAGGCAACUGCUCAAGAACUACCUAUGGAGACUGGAGAAAAACUGAGUGUCGAAGAACAAACAGACUUGGUCCCCCAUACAGAUCCCUCUUUCAAAAUAGAUGCUCUUGAUUGUGGAGGAAGCCAGCCUCCUGAUUACUCUGAAGUCAGAGGAUUGUCUCCUACUCCCUCCCAUCAGUUCUCUGAAUCUUCAAGCAGGUUGAAGAAGAAGAAGAGAUAUGAAAUCUCAAACUUCACAGCAAUUACCACCGCUUGAUUUUACUGGCCAUUUGGGAGGAAAAAGUCUCUCUCAGGUGUAAACUGUUUAAAAAUAGGAUUAGGCAGCUCUGGGGUGCUAGUCAAGUGAAGAAGAUGGAACAGCUGCUUAUUCCUGUUCUUUACAUAUCCCAUGUGCAUAGCUGUCCUAUCUUCAAGGUGGCUUUCAAUCUCAGAGUGAUCAGCACUGAGUGGUCUCUAUGUCCCUUUAGCUAAGUUUACCUAUGGCAGAAAUAAUCAUCUUGAAAGUGAUGUACAUUUUUGGGAACUUGCAGGGGGGCGGGAGGAGAAACAACUGUCACAUUUGAUGUUUUCAAAACCAAACUCUACUAAUAAAUAAAAAUUGUACUCUUUCACAUUCAGUUCAUAAGCACUCCUAGUACAGCAAGCCCUCAAUUUACAUAGGGAUUAUGAUCCAAGGAUUGCGCUUAAACUCAAAACACAUUGGAUGCAAUAGCAGGUGUGAUUGCCAAAGUCUUUUUUCCUGGACGCCCGCUCCCUAUUCCGCCCCCUUUUUAUUUGAUUUUUAAACAUUUUGUUGUGCUUGCCAAGUGCGCAAGUUAUAUGUGCAUAAGUUACAGGCUUACUGUAUUAGGCAUGGGCAUGGAUUUGCAGCAGCAUAUUAACAAUAACAUAUGGAACCUUGAACCCAAAUUUGCAGUAUAUCUGUUCUUUUUUUUAAUGGCACUUAAGUAUGAUUACAUUCUAGGGAUAUGUUUCCAGUUUUAUUAUAAAAGGAAUAAGACAGGGUGGAAUGUAAGUGGCUCCCCUAUGCUCAUGGUAGCAGAGGCACCUGCUAAUGGAAGAUGAGGGAAGGUGAUUUUUAAUUUCUCCCUCUCCCUUGCAGCUCCCACCAAAAACAUAUUCAAAGAGUUGGAGAGCCCUGUAGAACAGGCUGUAAGGUGGCAUAGCAGGUGACAAGGAGAAAGGCAAAU